AUGCUUGAGCUCAGCAUCAUCCGACCGUCCGACUGUUGUCGGGCAUCACCUCUCCAUCUUGUCCCAAAGAAGAGCGGCGAUUGGCGACCGUGUGAUGACUAUCGUGCGCUGAACUCAGUAACUAUACCUGAUCAGUAUCCUAUCCCGCACAUCCAGGAUUUUACGCUCUCACUUCAUGGCAAGCGUGUAUUCUCUAAAAUUGAUCUUGUUCGCGCUUAUUACCAGAUCCCAAUCGAGGCCAGUGACGUACCGAAAACGGCGGUUACCACUCCCUUUGGUUUAUUCGAAUUCACUCGUAUGUCCUUUGGUCUGAGGAAUGCCACUCAAACUUUUCAACGGUUCAUUGAUCAAGUGUUGCGUGGUCUCGACUUCGUCUACGCUUACAUCGACGAUUUAUUGGUGGCGAGUUCUGACUCCACAGAGCAUGAGGCUCAUCUCCGACAACUGGUCGAGCGCCUCGACUCCUACGGCGUUAUAAUCAAUGCCGCCAAAUGUGAGUCCGGAGUCCCCAGUUAAACUUUCUUGGGUCAUGUAGUAGAUUCUGAGGGAAUCAAGCCUGUCCCUGUAGUGCCCAGUGGUGCCGCACUUGGCGCCUUUCUCUUUCUUGGCAUAAGUGCUCAGUCAUGGUGGUUGGCGACGACCGCCAACCUCAACUAAGUAUUGAAGGUCACGCUAUAAAUGUGCCAGGGGAUAUAAAGGAUUUGGACGUUUCAUACUCCAAGAAUCUCAAUCUCUCGGAGCACUGUGCCUUGAUAGUCUCCAAAGCACGUAGAACGACCGGGUUUAUCCUCCGAAAUUUUAAAACUAGGGACAUUAGAAUGCGCCUUUUCAACAUGUACGUUAGACCUGGUCUGGAAUAUUGUUCGUUUUCACUUAGCCUCAUGCGUGCUACUGAGCGGAAGAAAAUAGAAUCCGUUCAACACUUUUUUUACCAAGAGAAUUUUAACCCCGAAACACCGACAUUUGUCAUACCAAGAACGUUGCCGGCUUACAGGCCUCGAUCGUUUAUGGUUCCGUAGAUUACAAAAGGGACUAUUUUUGCUAUUUAAACUCUUAUAUAAUCACACAUUUAACCCACUCACCUCUUUAAGACAUCAUAUCCACCCACGACGUAACAGUCACCGUGAGGUCUUUUUAUUUCUGCCUCUGGCACGUACUGUUAAAUAUCGUCGGUUCUUUUCUGUAAAUGUAAUUGCUAUUUGGAAUAAACUACCCAUGAGUGUGAAAACUCUGCAAAAUUAUCCUUUAUUUAAGAGAACUAUUACUCGAUUUUUGCAUUCAGAAAAGCUCCCACAAAUUUUGGGUGCCGAAAACUCUGAUCGACUGUACCGUAGCGAUGGCGUUUGUGGUCUCUGAGCACUAUGGCCGGUCUCACCAGCUGUUCCUCAACGCCUCUACUUUGGCUAUCCCCAGCUUCAUGAAAGGAAUUUGACGUCCGAUAAUCUCCGAUACCGUGCAACCUCCCCCCUUCUUGACGGUCGAUAUUCUACCACCGCCGGCAGUUUUUUCUCCUGAGCCCUCCAAACCAUAAAAACCACCAUCAACUAUAUUUUUAUCCCUUUAGCUCAGGAGUUUUUUUCACUGCCGGUCGGAUUUAUGUUUAGUCGCUUCCCUUGACAAUGCCUGUAAACUGGCAUUAAAUAAAAAAAAUUUAAAAAUUUAAUUUAAUUUAUUUAAAGUUUCGGUCGUAUCAGAUUUCCCAGUCCCGAAAACCAUCAAUCAACUGCGCCGUUUCUUGGGGAUGGUGAACUUCUACCGCCGCUUUCUCCCUCAUGCCGUCGCCAUUCUGCAGCCUCUCAACAAUCUGCUGAUCCAAUCCAAAAAGACGUUGCUUAUGACUGAUGAGGCCGUCAACUCCUUCAAUGAGGUCAAGAACUCUCCUGCUAAUGCAACUCUACUUGCUCAUCCUCGGCCAGAUGCCCCCUAACUCUCAUGACCGAUGCUUCCCGCACUGCCGUUGGCGCAUCCCUCCACCAAACUGUAAAUGGUGUCCUUCAACCCCUGACUUUCUUUUCAAAGGAGCUCAGCCCAGCAGAGACCCGCUACAGUGUUUUUGGAUGAGAACUCUUCGCCGUCUAUCUAGCCAUUCGGCAUUUUCGACACUUUCUCGAUGGUCGCGAAUUCGUCGUACUUACAGACCACAAGCCUCUCGUUGGUGCUCUAAGGGCUUCUCCCGAUCGAUACUCACCCCGUGAGAUUCGUCAUCUCGACUUCAUCUCACAGUUUUCCUGCGAUAUUCAACAUGUCCACGGUAAGAAAAACGUGGUUGAUGAUGCUCAUUCCAGAAUUCAGGUGAACUCCGUCACGUCACAUGCCAUCGAUUUCACGCUCAUGGCUGACGCUCAACGCACCGAUGAUGAUCUCUCUCACUAUCGCCAUACGGACUCUUCUCUUAUUCUCCGAGAUGUCCCCCUUCCCACUCAAGCUGUCACCAUCACUUGUGACAUUUCUACUGGCCACGACCGUCCCUUUGUCCCUGCCACUAUGCGCCGACAAGUCUUCGAUACCCUUCACGGCCUAUCCCACCCUGGAGUCCGGGCGACAGUGAAACUUAUCACUGACCGAUUCGUCUGGCCCCACAUCAACCGGGAUGUCCGGCGUUGGGUCCGGUCCUGUUUACCCUGUCAGCGCGCCAAAAUUCAUCGUCAUACUGUUACCUCGCCAGGUACAUUCACCACUCCUGAUGCCCGUUUCAGCCACGUCAACAUUGACUUGGUAGGACCUCUCCCACCAUCCAACGGUUCUACCUAUCUCCUGACUUGCACUGACCGUUUCACUCGGUGGCUGGUUGCCGUACCCAUCCCGGAUACCUGUGCUGAAACCGUGGAAAAAGCUUUUCUGUUGCACUGGGUGUCUAAUUUUGGAGUUCCUGCGACCGUCACUACUGACCAUGGAUCCCAAUUCGAGUCCACGUUGUUUCGCGAACUCACUUCUCUCCUCGGCACUGAACGACUACGAAGACAGCAUACCAUCCUCAAGCAAAUGGCCUCGUCGAACGUUUCCAUCGACAGCUCAAAACUGUCCUCAUGGCUCAAUCCGAUCCUUCUCGAUGGACAGAUAAUCUUCCCUUGGUGA